AUGAAGACUGCAAAAGGAAUGGCUUACAAAUCACUCUAAUAGAAGGCUUUAAAUGUUCUUCGUAGAAGAAAGAUGUAUGAUGUCCAACUCGGCAAUGUUAUGAAUCAGUAAUUCAACAUCGAUUAGGUGCAAUUCACCUCUGAGACUAUUCAAAAUACCAUCGAAACUUACUCAGCUUUGAAGGAGUCUACUGCUGUAUAAGCAUAAGAAAUGAAAAAGCUUGACCUCGAUAAAAUGGAGGAUCUAUUUGAUGACCUAGCUGAUCUAAUGGCUGAUCAACAAGAAAUUUAAGAAGUUAUGUCAAGAUCUUAUCAAGUAGAGUACGAUGAAAGUGAACUAAUGGAUGAGUUGAACGAGCUAGAUGAGGAGAUCAUUAAUGAACAAUUAGGAGAUGGUCUAAAUGUGCCAAGCUAUGUCCCAGCUGCUUAGCAAAAUUCUGGAGCACAAAAGGCUCAGAUUAGCGAGGAAGACUAACUAAAGAAUCUUAUGCAAAUUUGA